GCACUUCUGAUUUCUUCAGACACAAAGAAGAUGUGUUCGCUGACUUUAUACGUCACCUGAAAAGGAAAAGAAAAUCCGUUAAAAACAGAAGAGUGGAAAUAUGACUUGAAUUUUCCCAACAGGGCCAAAUGGAGGUGGUCUCUUUGACAUCUACACAAGUAGAAAAAGGCAUCCAGGAUGGAAAUCCAGUACACAAUCAUUGCACCCUGCUCCUGUAUUCCACCCUGGACCCAUGAUGUUCAUAUUCUACAGACCUCAAAGGAUUCUUCAAUGCUGUAAGUACUAGUAUCAGAUCUGCUCAAACAGAGCAUCAUGAAGAACAAGCAUAAAGAUUGAAUCCUAUUAAUUAUGGUCUUGGGAAGCUCCAAGCAAAAUAUCUUCUAAAUAAUUAGGGCCAAAAGAUAAUCUUUGUAUUCUAAAUUAUGUCCAUGGUUUUAGGAUUCCUUUAUAAUGGCGAAACCCACUCAGCAUCCUAGUGUGGGUUUGUUUAAUCAAACUAUUGCAAACAGCAGCAACUCACAGUUUUCACACUUUGAUUCAUGUCAGCCUUCUUUCCCUGCAGUCUUCUUGCUCAUCACGGCUUAUACUGUCGUUACAAUAGUGGGGCUUUUUGGAAACCUUUGCCUGAUUAUUAUAAUAAAACAACAGAAGGAAGCUCAAAAUGUUACAAAUAUUCUGAUUGCCAAUCUCUCCUUAUCCGAUGUCUUGAUAUGCAUCAUGUGCAUUCCUGUCACAGUUGCAUACACUUUGAUGGACUAUUGGAUAUUUGGCGAGGCUAUGUGUAAAAUAAGCUCUUUUGUACAAAGUAUGUCUGUCACAGUCUCCAUAUUCUCACUUGUUUUAAUUGCUGUCGAGAGGUACCAGUUAAUAGUGAACCCACGUGGCUGGAAGCCGAAUAUUUCACACGCUUACUGGGGAAUUAUCUUCAUUUGGGGGGUUUCCCUUAUCAUAUCCAUUCCUUUUUUUAUAUUCCACCAAUUAUCUGAUGAACCCUUUAAAAAUCUCUCUUACCAUAGCGAUUUCUAUAUGAACAAAGUUGUUUGCAUUGAGGCCUGGCCAUCAGUUGCAGAGCGACUGGUCUUUACCACCAGUCUGCUGGUUUUCCAGUAUUGCUUCCCACUGGGCUUUAUUUUUAUCUGCUAUCUCAAGAUAUUUGUAUGUCUCCGGCGGAGACAUGGUAAGGUGGAUGGGAUGAGGGAGAAUGAGAGCAGACUAAACGAGAGCAAAAGGAUUAACAUGAUGCUUAUUUCAAUUGUCGUGACCUUUGCAGCUUGCUGGUUGCCUCUAAAUAUAUUUAAUGUCAUUUUUGACUGGAACUAUGAGGUCCUGAUGAACUGCCACCAUAACCUAGUGUUCACAUUGUGCCACCUGGUAGCCAUGCUCUCAACAUGUAUAAAUCCUAUCUUUUACGGAUUUCUCAACAAGAAUUUCCAGAAGGAUUUAAUAGUGUUAAUUCACCACUGCAGAUGCUUCACAUCUCAGGAGGAAUAUGAGAACAUCGCCCUUUCAACCCUAAACACUGAUGGAUCCAAGGGGUCCUUAAAAUUAAAUAAUACCCCUGUGAAUAGCUAAAAUAAUCCAGCAUGACAGUCUCCAAAACUCUGUAUUUAUUGUAAAUUUACUGAUUCUUGUUGAUUCUUUUGUAGGAUUAUAAAGGUCUUGAGCUGUUCCCACUAAUGCCAGAGGGAGUCUUUGCCAUUUAGUUCAGUGGGAGCAGGUAAACUUAUUGUGCAAACUGUUCCUUCUAAAUAACAUUUUGCUUAUUAAUUCUAGUAAAUCACCCCCCAGAAAUCCUUUACAGUCAACACUAGUGAAAUACCAGCAGUAUUAGCGUAUCAUUUUUAAGCACAUGAUUUCACUAUCAAUAAUUGGCUCCCUCAGAAAUUUUCCACCUCAGUGAUACAUGUGACAUUCCCUGGAUAAAAUGCUCUCUUCUGCUUCCCCAAGAUAAUCCAUCCAUGCCAAGAUGCCACCAGUCCUGCCUCUGCCCUGCCCUCUAACCUAGUACCUCUCGACCCCGCUGUGUUUUCCCUGCACCUCACAGAGGCUACUUCAGAUGGCCCAACUACAUGGCAGCUGUCCCUCACGAUGGUGAUAGAUGCAGCCCCUGGUGGUAGCAGUAGGGGCAGACAGGAUGUCCUGCAGCUUCUGACUAGGAGUGGCUGGUCCAGUAGGAAGCAGGUCCCCCUGCUGGGGGGGCAGUUUGGGGAAGGCGUUCCCUUUUGGUUUUUGAUGCAAGUGGUCUUCCCUAAUUAAUGGGGAGGCUUGGGUUUCAUGGCCGAUGUAUGCAUGGGGAGGGGUGGAACCAGGUAUCCCAGGCUGCUGGAGGGGGAGCUAGGUCAGGCGAUGAGAUUCCUCUGGGUAGAAAUGGCAGGUCAGGGACAAGUGGGGAAGGAACCCAGAUUUUCAGAUUCAGAUCUGGGGCUGGGAAGGUAGGCAUUGCAAGGUGAUGGGGGGAGGCAGCCAGCAGCAGCCGCAGGACUUCCAUUCAGUACAGCAGUAGCUUGUCCUGCCUCUUCUCCUUUCCUCCUUGUGCAAUGCUGGAGCAGCAGCAAGGAUCAGGAGUGCAGGGAUUACAUGGUGUGUGCUCCAUUGGCUCUGAGCAGAGCUUGUUGGGGGAGAAACAGGAGAGGAGUGCUCAUUGGAGCAGAUCCCACAGCACUGGUGGACGCACCCGUCGCACGACGGCUGUCAGAGGCUGCAGCCGCCAGCACAGUCCUAGUGCUGAGAAUGCUGACAACCAGAGCUGGCCUUAGCAUUUUCAAGUUCUGUUCUACGCAGGCUCUUCUGCUGCGCUCAUCACUGUAGCUCUAGUCAAUGUGACUACACAUCUAUCUAAGCUGGCCUGUUAAACCAUUUUUAGUUACCCCUCCGUCCACCAGUACCUGACUCCUGUAUCUUGUUGUUACAGCAGUAUGGGUACAGAUGGACCAAUGGUUUUCUGAGGGGUUAGGAAGAUCAUUCUUUGGGAUAUGUCCUUACCUCACUUAUUUUACAUAAAAAGUGAGUCUGGGGAAAGCUUCGUUAGGGUCUCUCAACCCUCUCUCUGCUUCUCGCUUUCAGCCCUAGCGAGUACUUUCCUUUGUUUUAUAUCCACUUGCGCUGGUUUGCAGUUUCCAGACUUUGUUCACAAUGAAAAGAGCGAGAGACUUAAUUUUUGUUUUUAAAUGAAAGUUGAGAUGGGCCCCAAAUGAGCCUCUGCAAGUGCCACCCAGCUCACCAGUAUUCAAAAUGAAAAAUGCAUAUAGCAUUUCUUUUAUUUGUAUUGUAUUCUACUUUCUUUCUCCAGCACAAGUUGUAGGCGUCUGUUAUAAACACCAUAGAUUCUGAAAACAGGCUCUUUAGAACAGCUAUUAUCAAACCAACUAUGAAUUCAUAAUUACUCAUUGGCUUCAGCUACUUAUACAGAUGAAAACAUGUUUGCCUUUGGAUAGAAAAUUUGUUUUGUGCUUUAGUUUCAGAAAUAUCCACCCCCAUCCCUGCGUGUUAGUAAGCGAUAAUCCACAAAAGGCUUCUGGGUAAGAGAGGGUAUUUUUUGUUUGCCAUGUAUAUCCUGUUCAAACUGGCUUUUGCUACAAUGCAGUGCAUGGAAGACUACAGCUGUAAAAUUAAUGUUUUUUAAUUAAAACAUAUUUUAAAAGUUAAGACAUACUGAAUAUACUCUCUAUCCACCUUUAUGGCGCCAUCACAGAAUCAAUUAGGAAUGUCCUAAUGGCAAUAAUUAGCGAGUUUAAAUGGGGACAGCUAAAAUGCUAGACUGAUAUUCACCAGCACAUUACUCCAUUUUUCUUUUCCCGUUUGGAUUAU